AUUGGCAACUCACGCAGGCGCAGCUCGUGUAAUUUCGUAGGUUUCGUCUCUCGUUUGGGUUUGUUGCUGAAACCCUAAACAGAGAGGAGAAGGAAGAAGAAGAGAUGGAUUUGGACCAGUGGAUCUCAAAGGUGAAGGAAGGACAGCAUCUUUUGGAGGACGAGCUUCAACUCCUAUGCGAAUACGUAAAAGAGAUUCUUAUUGAGGAGUCCAAUGUGCAACCUGUAAACAGUCCGGUCACAGUUUGUGGUGAUAUUCAUGGCCAGUUCCACGACCUAAUGAAACUUUUCCAGACUGGAGGCCAUGUACCAGAGACAAAUUACAUAUUUAUGGGCGAUUUUGUUGAUCGAGGUUACAAUAGCCUUGAAGUUUUCACUAUCCUUUUGCUUCUUAAGGCGAGAUAUCCAGCUAAUAUUACCCUUUUACGUGGUAAUCAUGAAAGCAGGCAACUUACCCAGGUAUAUGGCUUUUAUGACGAAUGCCAGAGGAAGUAUGGAAAUGCUAAUGCCUGGCGGUAUUGUACAGAUGUUUUCGACUAUUUGACGCUAUCGGCAAUUAUAGAUGGAACUGUGCUGUGUGUCCAUGGUGGACUUUCUCCUGACAUCCGAACAAUUGAUCAGAUACGGGUCGUUGAGCGAAAUUGUGAAAUUCCACAUGAGGGGCCAUUUUGUGAUCUCAUGUGGAGCGAUCCUGAAGAUAUUGAAACAUGGGCAGUAAGUCCACGAGGAGCAGGUUGGCUGUUUGGGUCCAGAGUCACUUCUGAGUUCAACCACAUAAAUAAUCUAGAUCUGGUUUGUCGAGCACACCAACUUGUUCAAGAAGGUCUUAAGUACAUGUUUCAAGAUAAAGGCCUUGUAACUGUCUGGUCUGCACCAAAUUACUGUUAUCGCUGUGGGAAUGUAGCUUCUAUCUUGAGUUUUAACGACACUAUGGAGAGAGAGGUGAAGUUUUUCACUGAAACAGAGGAGAACAACCAGAUGAGAGGACCGAGGACAGGAGUACCUUAUUUCUUAUGAUCAUUUGGAGUGAUUACCUGCGUCAUUUGUAAAAUCAUUUUAAGUCUUGGUAUAGUUGUUGAGAGUACUGGAACAGAGAAGAACUUGAAUAUGUCGGUCGGUCAGUCGCUGUUGGGUGGAUCUCCUUUCUGCUUGACUGUAGGUUUUCCAUCUGGUCUGUCUGGCUGCUACACUAUUUUACAUUCAUGGGUUGUGUAUUACUUUUUAGGUUGCUAAUUGUUAUUCAAUUCUUAAUCCAUGCCCGACGCAUUUCGUUAUGUUUCAUUUCUGCCCUGUUUUGCAAUUCAUGUCUAGUGUAUUAUGCAGCAAUGCGCGAAUUACAACUAGCUUUUUGUUAUUUAAUAUUUACGCCUAUGUCCCA